AUGGUAGGAGCCACCCAAGUCACAGAGGAGAGGCCAAGGAAACAUAAGAGAGAAAGGAGACUGGAAAAGGAGAAGAGAAAGCUGAAGGAAGGGUUGGAGAGAAAAAGGAAGGACCAGCUACAGAAAGCUCCUGAGAUCGAAAUACACCCAGAGACGGAAGAGGAGGACGAGGCGAUGGAGACGGUGAAGGAGAAAGUGGAGCAAGAGGACGAGGCCAUGGAGACGGUGAAGGAGAAAGUGGAGCAAGAGGACGAGGCGAUGGAGACGGUGAAGGAGAAAGUGGAGCAAGAGGACGAGGCGAUGGAGACGGUGAAGGAGAAAGUGGAGCAAGAGGACGAGGCGAUUGAGACGGUGAAGGAGAAAGUGGAGCAAGAGGACGAGGUUGAACAGACGGUAGAACCAGCAUCAGUAUUGAUUGACAGUGAGAAGAAAGAGCCGUUGGAAGUCGUGGUCAAGGUGCGAAGGCCAAACCACGGAUACAUUCAAAUUUCGAGGGUCGAAGUUUAUACGACCACGUAUAUCGUGACCAAGGGAAGGAAGCGGUUGCAUGAGGAAAAAAAGUCUAUCCACUACUUUGAUGAGGGGCUCAUUGAAGAAGAUUGAAUAAGUUGUAUAAAAAAAAUAAGUAAAUAAUAAUAAUAACAUGUAUUAUUGGCAUUAGUACGUAAGCUUGAAGUUUAAGGAUAAGUGUAUUUAACAAAACAAAGCAAAAUCUAUACACAUGUACAUGUAUUAAUAAUUUUGUUGUUGUUGCAUGAAUUA